AUGGAAGCUGACACUUUCACUCGGAAUAUUUGGAUCGCAAUAGGAUCAUUAUCAGGUGCAGGUGUCAUUCUUGCUUUCAUGCGCACCUGGGCAUGGUUUUCGAAAUCUGGUAGAGAAAUAAUCGACUUAGCGACAAUCGGUAAAUUUUUCGCUUAUAUUAUGGGUAUUGUUGGCACUGUGUUUUUCUUGGUGGCAGCUGCUGGUUCUGUAUGGUGGUUGGUGUUUAUCAAAAAACAGUAUGAACCAUAUUUCGAGGAUGAAUAUAAGAAGGUGCAGAAUCAAUUUCGGAUACUUCUGAUCGUUGCAUUCGUUUUGAAAACCAUCGAUAUCAUUCAUGUGAUUGCGCGACAAACGACUAUUGAUAUUUUCUUUAUGGAUUGGGAAAGGCCGAAAGCAGGUGACUUAAAUCAUGUUUCUGCUUGGCGAACGUGUUUUGUUGCUAAUGAAUUCAAUGAAAUUCAAACCUUUCGUCGUAUUCGUGUGUCAUUUCACCUACUAUUAGUACUAUUGUUACUUAAAGUCAUUGGUCUGGAAAAUUUCGCCUCAGCUAAUCCGAUCGUUUCUCUUUCCGAACCUGAACGGAUGGAAAAUAGUACCGUCGAUUACGAUAAGGUCUUUCGUACUGGUAUUGCUUUUCCUAUUCUUGUCGGCACCGCUUUUCUUCAAUACAUUGUCUAUAUAAUCUUCUAUCAACGUUUUAUCGAAGAUAAAAUAAUUAAUUUCGUCGAUUUAUGUUCGGUGUCGAACAUAAGUGUUUUUAUUCUCGAUCACAUUCGCCAUGGUUAUUACAUUCAUGGUCGAUCUCCGCAUGGUACAACUGAUGUAAAUAUGAAAGAUAUGUUAAUGAAUCUAGACCGGGAAUCAAGAAUGAUGAGUGGAACGCGUGGUCUACAGGACAAUUCAUCGGAUCAAAUCUUUAUUAUGAAAAUUAAUCGAUCGUUUCGGAUGCAAUAUGAAGCAUUAUUUCGGAAAUACUACAAUUUUGUGGGACCUAAACGAAGAAUGAAUGGUCGUGAAAAUUAUACCGAUGUUCUACUUGAAUCGUAUCAAAAUUUGAAUAGUUUUCUUUGUGCAUAUAUUGAUUGUUCAUUGCCAGCUCACCAUUACUUCAUUCGGAAUCGAUAUUUUCUCGAGAAAAUUUUCAACUACGAGUUCCAAAUUGGAAUUGGUUCGGGUUUAGCCGGAUAUUUGGAUAGUUUAUUCUUCGUCGAUAAUGAUCGAACUUUUACGAAGAUUUUAUUCUAUGGCGAAGAAGAUUCUUUGUUCAUCUGGAACGCAACAACGUUUCUUUUCAUCGAUUAUCUUUCUCAAGAUUACGUCUUAGCAGCCAUUCUAGCUUAUCUACUCAAUUUGAUAGCUGUUGGACUACGAAACUCGUUCGGCCGUCGAAAUUUGUCAAAGAAAACUCUAGUUCCACGAGAAUUACUGAUAUAG